UCCAAGUUCAUUAUUAUCACCGUUAAAUCAAAAACGUGGUUCUAGUAAAUCUCCAGAUUAUGUUUCUCAAGGUAGCUACGCAACCAACUUCGGAGCUGGUUUAAUGAGUGGUAUGCCAAAUAUAAGCAAUCCAAUUCCGGGAAGUAAUAAUAUGCAAAAUUCAAUACCAACAUCUGUAUAUGCGAAUACUGGCUAUAAUAGUAUUGGUGGGAUUGGGCACAGAUUUCGUAAUAUUGAAUCACAAAUUAUGGGAAGUACGUUCAAGGCUCUGGUUACCCGCUGUGUUGGAAUUUCAAAAGAAUUGAAGUCUCAAGAUAACAUUUCCCUUUACUGCGAUGUAAGACAAUUUAUGGCAUACGUUAAAGAAGCUCAUGGUGGUAUUUUCCGAAGAGUGGCUUUAAGUUCCAUAUUGGAUUCAGCAGAUCGACCAAAUAAACGAUACAAUAGUGAAGUUCAUACAACGAGAGUCAUCAGGCAUAUGUAUCCAUUUAAUGUGGACCAAAAUACAGAUGCAGGGACAGAUGAAUGUUAUACAAUCGAUGAUAGGGGUGCCAGAAAGUUUUUAUUUAAAAAAAGAAGCACUUCAUCAACAUGCGCGAGUUUAAUCGAGGCAGACUUAAGCGAUGAAAAUGUUAAAGUGAGUCAAAGUCCUUUGGGAAACAUUAGGAAAAAACAUCAUAUUUUAACACCAAGACAAAGCGAAAGAAAUUUAGAUUUAAGUGAACCGUCCUUUUGUAUUCGAAAAUCACGAAAAGCAGCUCGUUUAAAGAUUGAUGGAAUUGUUAAUUGGUUCCGUAAAGAAUAUGGAAGUACUAAAUCAACUAAUAGUCAUGAAAGUAGUGAAUCGCCUACAGAAUGCAGUUUUGCACGGCAGCCAAGUUUACGUCGAAAUCAUCGUCGAGGAGUUUCUCGAGCACCCAGAGGUGUUAGCCAGACACUUCAAAAAGCCAAGCGUCGAAUGGAAGCAAAAUUAAAUAAAAUAGGCUUAGGCAAAGGAAAAAAAAAAGAAAGUUUCGAAGAAGUUCAAGGCAGUUAUUUUAGCCGAAGAAAUUCAUUUGAUACAGGAGAAACAUCAAGAGAAUCUGAGUUUGUUGUUCUAAAAGAGCGUAGAUUGGUACCAAAAAAGGCUGUUUUCGAAGGUAUUCAAAGGUUUUCUUUCUUGUUAGAAAGUUGUCAGCCAGGUUCUGUUCCUGAUCAUCAUCUAAUGGGGGCUAUUUUAGAUCUGGUAAUCGAAUAG